AUGGGAAGCAAGCAUUCAGAUAACAAGGUUAAAAAUAUCGAGAACACAGACGCCGAUGCAUUGACAAAAGGCAAAGGAAAAUACCAAGACCCCAACUAUAAAGGCGAACCAGUCGAUGACAAGCUCUCAGAAGGCCCAGUAGAAAAGCGACACUGCACAGACUGUCUCUGUUGCCUACUUUUCACCGCUUUUACUAUUGCAUGGUUCAUUUGUGGGUUUUAUGGCUUCGCGAAUGGUGAUCCAUACCUACUAACUUAUCCCUACGACUCAGACACACAUCAAUGUGGCCGUCCUGACACUGUAGCUGAAAAUUAUGAAUAUCUUUAUUACCCGUUCCCAAUGUCAGGAUAUUUGGGCUAUCGAGUCUGUGUCAAGCACUGUCCUAAAAACUACACAGGUCCAGUGGAGUGUCUUCCAAAUUCCAAGCUUUAAAGACUGUCAGUUCUUAAUCUUAAUUAACAGAUGGGCUUGGCUGUAUUGAUUUGGCAGUCAUCAAGAACUCUAGAGGGUUCAUUCGCUUUGAGACAUCCACUGUCAGACACUUGAUUGGUUGAGUAUGGCUCCGAUUGCAAGAAAGCAUCGAAAGCACCUUCCCCUUCUCCGGCCUCUGAUGUCAUAGGACACAGGAGUGUUGUGCACUGGGAACGCUCCUCCUUACCCUUUGGGCUCUAAUGUUGAGUGGGCGGACUAUGGACUUCUGCGACCCUGCAUCAGGUAAUUGGAAAGUAGCUUGAUCCAGGGAGUAAACCUGGAAUUUAUCGGGUCCUGGGUGCCUGCCCUCAGCAUCUACAGGAAAAAGCCCUAAUCCUGGAUCGUAAGCCCUGGUAUCGCGGUGAGCUCCUCCUUUGGGUCCCGAGGGACGUUACCAGGUUAACUCUUACAACCACAAGAACUAAGACAAAACCUACUCGGAUAUACAUAAAACUGAUAUCAGACCUAAAUCUCUACUAGAUUCUAGCCCAGUUCGCCUUGGCCAUAAGUUUGAGAAAAUAAUGUCAAGAAAUAGAGUGCGAUUAGGUCGCCAUUUUUUGCAUUAAAGACUGUCAAUUCAGAUUUGAAGAUGUCUCAAGCACUCCAGACUCAGAUUAUGGCUAUAUCCACGGAAUUUAUCCAAGCAAAGGAUACUUGUCAAGGUUUUGCUUACCUGACGGUGAAAAGACUCAGUGGGUAAGAGAAGCCUAUAGUGAAGUCUCAGAUUCAAUAAGUGCAACUGUCCUUUCGGAGUGGUUUUCGGAUGUCCUAACCACUUGGCAAGUUAUUGGGAUCGUGGCAGCAGCUGCACUUGUACUUGGCUUUAUUUACUUAUUUGUGCUUAGGUACUUUAUUGGGAUCAUAGUAUGGCUAUCUAUUCUAGGCACUUUUUCAGCCCUUUUACUUUUAGCUAUUUUCCUGCAAUGGGCUGGCGAAAACAUGUAUGACGACAACAGCGACAGCAAAACUCAAGACACCCUAAAGAUUUGCGCUUAUAUAUUAUAUGCCAUUUGUGGCAUCUUUUUAAUAUACAUUCUCUUCAUGUGCAACCGUAUUAGGUUGGCAAUUGCAAUUAUGAAGGCAGCCACAGUAUUCCUUAAAAAUGUAUGGCUUGCAUUGCUAAUUCCAAUAGCAUUUUAUAUUAUUAUAAUUGCAACCUACAUUUAUUGGAUCUGUGCUGUUCUUUUCUUAUACUCUGAUGGCGAUCUUGAAAAAAGCUCAAAUGAUAACAACCCGAUCCCAAAGGUUAAGUGGGAUGCAACAGUUCAAAAAGCAUUUUACUAUGAAUUCUGGGGAAUUCUAUGGAUGAAUGCUUUUCUUAUAGCUCUUUCACAGUUCAUCCUUGCAAGCACUGUGUGCAUUUGGUAUUUCUCCUGCAACUCUGAGUCAGGAGCUCAACGCCCAAUAUCAAGGUCUGUAUAUAGAGCUUUCAGGUAUCACCUUGGCUCCUUAGCCUUUGGAGCCUUGAUUCUUGCAAUUGUCUGGACGAUUAAAUACCUACUUAUGUAUUUUUCGCAGAAAGUUAAGCAAGCAGGAGGGACUCAGAACAAAAUAAUUUCAUGGAUUCUUAAAUGUGCAGCAUGCUAUGUGGCCUGCUUUGAAAGAUUCAUCAAAUUCCUCAACAAAAACGCAUUUAUUCAAGUAGCUUUACAGUCAACAAGUUUCUGUAAAUCAGCCCGUGAAGCAUUUUUCUUAAUCCUCCGUAACGCAGGACGAUUUUUAACAUUAGGCACGAUUGGCGGCAUUUUUAUAUUACUAGGGAAAUGGACUAUUACAAUAGCAGCAACCUUUAUUGGCUAUAUGAUCAUAACCCAUGCCAGUAAAUGGAAAGAUGAUAUUUACUCCCCAGUUUUCCCAACCAUUGUUUUCUUACUUUGUUCAUACUUAAUAGCAUCAAUAUUUAUGAGUGUCUAUGGAAUGGCUUGUGAUACAAUUUUACAAUGCUUCUUAGUUGAUGAAGAACUAGGAAAGAAAUCAGACAGACCUCCAGCACACUCUCCAAAAGUCCUCCAAGACUUUUUAAAUAGAGAAAGAGAAAGACCUGAGAAAAAAAGCUGCUGCUGCUAA